AAGAAAGUUAGGGAGGGAGAAGGAAGAGAACCUAUUGUACAUGACCUUGCAAACGAAAGUUUACAAAAUGUCAUAAAAACUUACUUUGCAGGCGAUGAAUCGAGAAGGGAUGAAUAUUUAAGAAAACUCAAAUGGACAGUACCAAAUGAAAUGUUAGUAUUGAAAAACAUGUUCCUUGACAAAAUAAAACCAACUACAGAAAUAAACGACGCAAGACUGAAAGAUUGGGUAAAAGCUUUCCCAUUCACAAAAGAUAUAGUUGGUAACAUGGAAAGAAAACCAGAAUGGCUACAAAAACAUAUAUUUGGAAACGAGCAUAUUCCAUAUGGACAGGCACUGUUUGAAGAGCUUGAACCGGAAACUCAGGAAAGAGUCAUGCAAACAAUACGCGAAGACUCAAAUACAGACUAUGACAAACUCUUUCUAGGAUAUAGGUUACCUGAGAUGGGCGACCAGAGCCAAAAGGCAAAAAGGACAUGGGAAAUUUGCAACAUACUAGAUGAACAUAAUGCAAAGAUGCAACAACUUCAAGCAGAGGGCAAUGAAGGAAAAAGAAGAGUUAAAAACUCAGUCAGGAAGAAAGUAAAGCUUGGUCCACGUGGGUUCUAUUAUGACAUAUAA